GGAAAGGGAAGAGCAGGAGGAAGAGAUGGGAAAAAGGAGGAGGAGACGAAUUAGGAGGAGGAGCGAGGAGUCUGUUUGUUGACAUCGGACGAAAACGAAAAUCAGAUGAGUGAAGACCGAUGAUAAUAACUCAAUUUCUCGCCGUCAUCAAGACAUAUAGCCUUGGCGAAAGCUAAGGUCCCUGCACUGCCCUGUCUUUGAUCUGAGGCAGAGAACAAGAGGCUAACAUGGCAGCCAAAGCAGGAGACAACCCUGACAGCCUAAUGACUCUGGCAACAGUCUUCUGUCUGAGGAACCUUAGAAAAACCAUGUGCUACCAGGAAUCCAGGAACAAACUUUGUCUGCGCUCGGACAUCUUCCUUCCCAGUGAAAUCUGCGACAAGCUGGUCAACACAUACAUGGAGUUGGUCCACACAGACAGUAACUUUGAACCAGAGGAGAGCUUCUUCCAAUUAUUCUCAGACCCUCGAAGCACCAGACUGACCAGGGUACAGCUGAGAGAAGAUUUUGUGCGUGACAGAGAUCUGGAGGCCAUUAAAAAACAGGACCUGAUUGAGCUCCACCUCACCUACUGCAACAGUUUGUCAUCCCGCAGCUUGAAAACACUGACCUGCUUCCGUGAGACCUUGGUGUCUCUUUGUCUUUUUGGCUGCAGCCACAUCUUCUACAAGAAAGGCGGAGCCCCACUGGCCUGCAACGAAGACACCGAGGACGAGGAGGAGGAGAGCCCUGCUUCUAGGCAAGCAUUAGAGACGGACUUUAACUUCCAGGGGUUCAACCGCCUCAGGUUGCUCAACUUAGGUGGACUGCCUGACGAGGUGGAUGUGGAGACACUGCUCAAACCCCUAAAGUCACUCACCUCACUAGAUUUGUCAAAUGUACAAUUGCUGGGAACAGCUUUUCUCACCCAGUGGAAAGACAGACUAGCAUCACUUGUUCUCUACAAUGUGGAUCUGUCGGAGGAGUUGGUCACUACAGUGGUGGAGAUAAUUAAUCUAAGGCAUCUUGACAUCUCGCGGGAGAGCAGGCGAACCGCUAAGUUUAAGAUGACCAGGAAAAUCCUGACAGCCAUCGUACAGCGUCUGGUCAACCUGGUGUCACUAGACAUUUCAGGUCACAUUAUGCUAGACAACGGCACGGUUCCACACUUUGAAGAAGCUAUGGGUCGGCCAAGCAUUGAGCCGUGCAAGAGCAGCAUCUUUCCUUUCCAAGAGCUGAAGAGGCCCCUGCAGUUUCUGGGCUUGUAUGACACCACCCUCUGUAAUGUGACACACAUCCCUGCUUAUAAGGUGACUGGGUCAAAGAACGAAGAGCAGGUCCUGAAUGCCAUUGAGGCUUACACAGAGUUCCGCCCCGAGCUGGCCCACCGAGCCAUCAAUCAGCUGUUUGACAUCGCCAGGAUUCAACACUGCAGUCAACUGCUCCGGGCUUUGCAACUUGUCAUAGCAGCAUUGAAGUGCCAUAAAUAUGAUAAGAGCAUCCAGGUCACAGGCAGCGCUGCUCUGUUCUACUUGACCAACACAGAGUACCGCAGUGACCAGAGUGUGCGGUUGCGCAGAGAGGUCAUUCAAGUGGUACUAAAUGGAAUGGAGCAGUACCAGGAGGUCACCGUCCAGAGGAACUGCUGCUUGACUCUGUGUAACUUCAGUAUUCCAGAGGAGCUGGAGUUCCAGUACAGUCGCGUCAACCAGCUGCUGCUGAAAAUCCUGGAGCCAGCUAGGCAGGAUGAGUCCAUCCAGAGAAUUGCUGUGCACCUGUGCAAUGCUUUGGUCUGUCAGGUGGACAACCACCACAAGGAAGCUGUGGGAAAGAUGGGAUUCGUCAAGACAAUGCUGAAUUUAAUUCAGAAGAAGCUUCAGGAAAGAAUGUGUGACCAGGUGAUGGAGUUUUCCUGGAGUGCUCUGUGGAACAUCACAGAUGAGACGCCUGACAACUGUCAGAUGUUCCUCAACUGUCGGGGGAUGAGUCUCUUUCUGGAUUGUCUACAAGAGUUUCCAGACAAGCAGGAGCUUCACCGCAACAUGUUGGGCCUUUUGGGAAAUGUUGCUGAGGUCAAAGCACUGAGGCCACAGCUGCUGACCCCACAGUUCAUCACUGUAUUUAGUAACCUGCUUGACAGCAAGGCAGAUGGGAUCGAGGUAUCGUACAAUGCAUGCGGCGUGCUUUCCCACAUCAUGUUUGAUGGGCCGGAGGUUUGGUCAAUGGAAGUGCCGCUAAGAGACACAGUGAUGGACAAGAUGUGGAAUGCCAUCCAGAGUUGGGAUGUCAGCUCACGCCGCAACAUCAACUACAGGUCAUUCGAGCCCAUCCUGCGACUGCUCCCCCAGAGCAUCUCCCCUGUCAGUCAGCACUGGGCCACAUGGGCUCUCUACAACCUGGUGUCAGUUUACCCAAGCAAGUAUUGUCCCCUGCUGAUAAAGGAAGGAGGAGUAAGUCUUCUAGAGAAAGUUUUGGAACUGGAAAGCUCAAAGCCAGAAACCAAGGACAUGGCCAGCAAAGUUAUGGAGCAGUGUGAAACCUUCAAAGAAGACCCCAUGGAAACAAAUAAUGGACAGGAGGUUAACUACGGACAAAGAGGUUGACACCACAGGAGCCAUGGUUCCCAGCCAGCGUCAACCAAACCGACCCUAAGGCCCAACCUACUGUCAUCACCACAAGGGUCAAUUGUGUGCAUUACUCUUAUUUUUAUCAUUCUUUAUUAUUUUGUAGAGCAGAAAUGUGUCUCUGGCCCUUUUUCACGGCUGUUUGGACAAAACUUUAAUAUGUGACACAUAGGACUUGAUGAUGUGGUGGCAUGGUGUUUUGUUGUGAGGGGGCUUACCUUUAGUACACUUAAGCAUCUCUUGUGUUAGGACGGUUUUGUGUGUGUGUGUGUGUGUGUGUGUGUGUGUGUGUGUGUGUGUGUGUGUGUGUGUGUGUGUGUGUGUGUGUGUGUGUGUGUGUGUGCGCGCCAAAGAUUUAACAACAGAACAAAACGACCGAGUGAUGCUUGGUUCUCAGUGGAAGGAAAGAAAUGGCCUCCCCAGCUCACUACUAUUAACUGUGUAACAACAAACAAAAGGCUAAAGGCAGCGCGGUGUCCUGCACUGCCAUCACAGGUCUCACACUGCUCUCUCACACCCACUCAUGCUUGUGGAGGCCACAGAGCUCUUGCCACAGUCAAUAUUAGCCAUUACGUGUGCAGGCUGUAGAGAAGCCUCACACUGAUGUUAACGGGAGACACAAUAAUUUCUUUGUUAUAUAUGUAAAUAUUCUCUGUUUGUCUCAUUCUUUCACUGCGUGUAUGUUUUAUAAUAUAACUGUAAACACUCACUUCACUCUAUAUUUAAAUUUGUUUAGGUUUGACUGACAUAUGGUUAGUGUUAAGAAACUAUAUACCGAAUACCCAAUCGUUCAAAUUUAAUGUGGUAAUCCUGGAUUCUCUAGAUCAUUGUUGUAUUAAUUAGAUUUAGUUGCUAUUUGCUUUUGGUUUUAAUUUUCUGGCAUUUUAUCCUGAUUCUGUUAUAAUCGGAAGCAGCUAUGAGGGAGGUCAAUACACACAAAGUAAAUGUGUUUUAUAGGCCCCUAAGCGCAAAACCAGGUUCAUUAAGAACUGUUUUUUCCAGUUUGGUGUGGAAGAACUUGAUUGGCCUGCAAAGAGCCCUUCCAAUGGGAUGAACUAGAACCCUGAAUGUGAGCCAGACCUUCCGCCACCCAACAUCAGUGCUGCUACUCACUGAUGCUGUGACAGCAGACAGCAUGGGAUCAAAUCCCUGCAACCAGGUUCCAGGUAACAGGCUGUAAUAGAAGCAGUUUAGUGCUAUGUAGUCUCACAUUGCCAGACCUAUUGCCACAGCGCUGUGAAGUAAAGGCUGUCUCUACCACACACACAUUCCAGGAUAGGAGAUUAAAAAAAAAAGUCACUGGGUUGUUUGAUUUUUCUUUAAACCAAUCACAAUCAGUCUUGGGCGGUGCUAAGCUCCAAACGCAGCAACGGUGCCUCUGCAAAAUAGUCUCAAGAAGGAACUUGUUUUGA